UAAUAUUAAAAGGCAAGGUCUUGGAGCACAGUUGGUUCUCAAUCAGUGUUAGAAAAUCCUCCACUGUGACCUUACCAGAAACUCUGAAGUGACGUUUAGAUUGCUUCCCUGUUAUUUUCCGUCAUGGCCGUUUCAAGGUCCGUGCUGCUGCCUUUGGCCGUUGUGCUUGUGGGCCUGUUUGGCUUGGUAUCUUCGGCGAAGCUCAACCUGUGCCAGCUGACUAGCCUUGCCUACACGCCAACAUCGCAGGUGAAGACACUGGCCUGCAGUGCCCGCGACCAGUUCAAGAAGGAUGCUGGCGGCAAUAUUGAUGUCGCUUACCCGCCGGGUUCCAUUAUGCUACCAGUGCCCCAACCAACUAAGUUCGAUCACUUCCAACUGUCCAUGUUCGCCUUGAAGACGACCCUUGACCGACAGUACUACGAGAAGGCUGCCGGCUACGAAGUUCUUCUGAACGCCGAAGGCACGCGUCACUACACUUCGCCCUUCGCGUCGCUUGGCAACAACAUGACAGACGUGGAGACCAAGGUUGCCACCAUGUUGGCCGAAGUCACCGGUUUCUGUUACAACUGCACUAUUCAUGUUGACCCAGUCACCUUCCCCAAGGCAAAGUCAACCUACACUGACCUAGCCCACUAUUAUGGCGAUAUGGCGCUGUUCAACUACGGCCUGCUGAAUGCCGGCUGUCUUCUCCUCGAGGAACUGCGUGUUGCCCUGCAGACCUCACUCAGUGAUUAUUGCGCCACCAGCGGCUAAGUGCUGUCUACUCGCCGACACUUGCGGAUUACGCUGCAGACGGCGCCGCACCGCAGUUUUUUUUUU